ACCAGACCAGACCACUAGACCACCUGACAAACGUCGAGUUGUAGUUAAAAACAACAUGGGAAAAUAAUUUCAGCUUUCCCAGCAAGAAAUGCCCUCAGUCAAUUUGUGCUGACACUUUCAAUCCCUCUCGAACAUGUCCACAAUUUACUCCAAAUUUUGAUAUUUGCAAAUAUUUCCAAUGAAUUGCAUCAGUGUCGACAAAUCUUAACGCUGCUUUGGUUUGUGUUGCUUGAAGAUUCCUCUCCACGACCAACCCGACACAAUGAAGUUGACAGGAAAAUUCAUUGAUAAGGAUGGAAAAGGGCAUGUUUCCCUUAUCCCUGACGAGCCAGAGGACAUGUGGCACGCCUUCAAUUUGAUCUGCGAGGGUGACAGUGUUAGAGCUUCGACUGUCAGGAAAGUUCAAAAUCAAACAGCCACCGGAUCGUCAACUAGUAGCAAAAUUCGAACUACCCUUACCAUUGCUGUGGAAUCAAUUGACUUUGAUACGCAGGCAUGCAUGCUCAGACUUAAGGGUAGAAAUAUCGAGGAGAAUCAGUAUGUGAAGAUGGGUGCAUAUCAUACUAUUGACUUGGAGGUUAAUAGAAAAUUUACGUUAACAAAGGAAGAGUGGGACUCCAUUUCUCUAGAGCGAGUUGAUCAAGCAUGCGAUCCAACCCAACAUGCUGACGUUGCUGCAGUUGUCAUGCAGGAAGGACUAGCUAAUAUAUGUUUGGUUACAUCUAGUAUGACAAUUGUUAGAGCUAAAAUUGAGCAAGCGAUACCUCGGAAAAGAAAAGGUCACGCCCAACAACACGAAAAGGGCAUGCAGAGGUUUUUUGAAAGUGUGCUUCAGUCCAUAAUUCGCCAUGUCAAUUUUGAUGUCGUCAAAUGCGUUCUUAUUGCUAGCCCUGGAUUUGUCAAGGACCAAUUUAUGGAGUAUCUAGUUCAGCAGGCAUCAAAAACUGACAACAAAGUUCUCAUCGACAACCGAUCAAAGUUCCUUCUUGUGCACGCCUCAAGUGGAUUCAAGCAUUCUCUAAGAGAGGUUCUGGCGGACCCUGCAGUUGUUGCAAAGAUGGCAGAUACAAAAGCAGCUGGGGAAGUAAAAGCUCUGGAUGCGUUUUAUGCAAUUUUGCAAACGGAUCCUGCCCGUGCCUUCUAUGGCCCAGCCCAUGUCGAGAAAGCUAAUGCAUCACAGGCUAUCGAAACUUUGCUAAUAUCAGAUAAUUUGUUUAGAAUCCAGGAUGUGGCUCAGAGGAAGAAAUACGUGACACUGGUUGAUUCAAUUCGAGAAAAUGGAGGCGAUGUCAAAAUUUUUUCCAGCUUGCAUGUGUCUGGUGAACAGCUGGCUCUGUUAACUGGAGUUGCAGCAAUUUUGCGGUUCCCAAUGCCUGAACUAGAAGAGGAUGAAGAGGAGGAAGCAGCUGGCGGUGAACUUGAUAAAGAUGCAAGCUGAAAAGUUACUGUUCAACAUGGUGUUUGGCCUUCAGUUCCUAACCAAUUGACUUUUGAAAAUAUGCCAAGAUGCAUUUUCAUCAGGUUGUGAAAAUGAGCACACAUUAAAUUCACAGCUGCAGACCUAAAUUCAGUCUUUUGCUGCAACUUCUCUAUUUUCUAUGUAAUUAGUCUUUUGUUCUAAUUUAUUAUUGUUGCGAUGUUGGUAAUUAGUAGCUGAUCAAGUUAUUUUCAGUCAGGUGCAUGAUAUCUUCACUUGGGAAUUCACUGACUUGCACAAUACCAAAAUCAAUGUAUUUUAAUUUGAAUUAAAUAAUCCCAUUUCCAUCUACUAAGUGAUAAAUAAUGUUGACUGAUGAUGUAAAGGGUUCCACAACAACCCCCUUGAUUUCUAUGCAGCUGUAUUGGUUGUCUUCUGUUCCUAUACAAAAUCCACUUGUUCAAGAUAUAGCUUUGCGUUACACUUAAAAUAAGAAUAUUUAAUUAUUCUUGAUAUUUUAAAGUGAUCAGUACAGCGAAGUUAAUUUUCACGUUAAGUGGCAUUAUGUUUUUAAUCAGUACACUAGAUAAUCAUGUUCAGUUUGCUCCAAAAUUUUGUACUAAAGAGUUUUGUCCAUCUUUUUUAAACAUGGCCUUUUUCGUACAAGAAUUAUUGGUAUUCCUUCGUUUGUGGAAAUAAAUAUGGGGUUAAGCGCUAUUGUAAA